CAGGGGCAGUACUGAGUGUAUCUCCACAGAGCUGGAUGACUGAAGGAGACUCAGUGACUCUAAGCUGUGAGAUUACAGACUCCUCUACAGACUGGAAAUUCAGGUGGUACACAGCUGUUCCCUACAGACACAAUGACGGCCGUAUCAGGUAUAGAUUGGAGCUCCUCUCAGACAGCAGCGGAGGAUCUGGAGGCUCCUACACUCUCAGUCCUGCUGCUCUUAAUCACACAGGAGUAUAUGUGUGCCGUGCAGCGAGAGAGGAACGACCCUUUUACACAAACUACAGCCAUCCACAGCCACUAUGGAUCACUGGGGAAUCUCCUCCAGUCUCUCUGAUCAUCAAUCCCAGCAGAACUCAACACUUUACUGUAGACUCUCUCUCACUGAACUGUGAGGACCAGAGUGACUCUACUGGAUGGAGAGUGAUUCGAUACACACUCAGAGCGAUAGUGUCAGAUUGUUCACAGUGGGGAUCAGUUACAGGAUCUACAUGUGAAAUCAGCUUCCUCUCCACAUCCUACACUGGAGUUUACUGGUGUGAGUCUGAAUCUGGAGAAAACAGUAAUCCUGUCAACAUCACAGUGCAUGAUGGGGAUGUGAUCCUGGAGAGUCCUGUCCAUCCUGUGACUGAGGGACAUCCUCUGACUCUACGCUGUUUACAUCGCAACACAAAGUCCUCAAACCUCCGAGCUGAUUUCUAUAAAGAUGGAUCAGUUCUCCAGACACAGACUACAGGAGAGAUGAUCAUCCGAACUGUCUCAAAGUCAGAUGAAGGUUUCUACCACUGUAAACACCCAGAGAGAGGAGAGUCACUGAAAAGCUGGGUCUCAUUAGUUGAACCAGGGGCAGUACUGAGUGUAUCUCCACAGAGCUGGAUGACUGAAGGAGACUCAGUGACUCUAAGCUGUGAGAUUACAGACUCCUCUACAGACUGGACAUUCAGCUGGUACACAGAGAUUCUCUACAGAGACAAUGACGGCCGUAUCGUGUAUAGAUUGGAGCUCCUCUCAGACAGCAGCAGAGGAUCUGGAGGCUCCUACACUCUCAGUCCUGCUGCUCUUAAUCACACAGGAGUGUAUAUCUGCACUGCAGCGAGAGAGGAACAACCCUUUUACACAAACUACAGCCAUCCACAGCCACUAUGGAUCACUGGUGAAUCUCCUCCAGUCUCUCUGAUCAUCAAUCCCAGCAGAACUCAACACUUUACUAGAGACUCUCUCUCACUGAGCUGUGAGGACCAGAGUAACUCUACUGGAUGGAGAGUGAUUCGAUACACACACAGAGAGAUAGUGUCAGAUUGUUCACUGUGGGGAUCAGUUACAGGAUCUACAUGUGAAAUCAGCUCCCUCUACACAUUCUACACUGGAGUUUACUGGUGUGAGUCUGAAUCUGGAGAAAACAGUAAUCCUGUCAACAUCACAGUGCAUGAUGGUGAUGUGAUCCUGGAGAGUCCUGUCCAUCCUGUGACUGAGGGACAUCCUCUGACUCUACGCUGUUUACAUCGCAACACAAAGUCCUCAAACCUCCGAGCUGAUUUCUAUAAAGAUGGAUCAGUUCUCCAGACACAGACUACAGGAGAGAUGAUCAUCCGAACUGUCUCAAAGUCAGAUGAAGGUUUCUACCACUGUAAACACCCAGAGAGAGGAGAGUCACUGAAAAGCUGGGUCUCAGUCAGAGGCUCAGGUUCUAGAUCCAGCGCUGGAACUGUAGGAGUGGCUGUGGGACUGAGUUUGGCCGCCUUAUUCAUUAUUUUAUUAAUCUUAAUGAUCCUGCUGUGGUUCUGCAAAAUAAAGAAAGGAAAUCAGACAUCAGAGCAGAAUCAGAGCCGGUCAGGAGCUGAAGACUCUCAGUCAGGACACACACCACUUCAGGCUGAAGGAAAUGCUAAGAUCUAUACCACUGUGGAUCAGGCAGAUACAAGUGGAACAGGUGAAGCUGCAGCUGAGAGCAGAGAAGACACUUACGCAGAGGUCACGGAGAAAAAUAAGGCAAAGGGGAACAACGAUGUUGAUGCUGAACCCAGUGGUAGUGAUGUGACGUAUAGUGAACUUGUAAUAAAACCACAGAAAAAAUCUAUGAGAAUAAAAGAAAAAGCCAGUGUUGGUGCUGAUACUGUAUACUCAGAGCUGAAGCUGAACACCAAGACUUCACUGGACUGAACUCAACCAUGUGGACAUCCGAUCUGCUCAUGGGCAAGUGUGGCUGGACUAAAGCUGGGGACCGUUUUGAUUAAAGUGGUGGAAGAGGAUGACACCACUUCAGUCCACAGCAGUGAAAAGAAAUGUUUGCCAGAUUCAGUAAUAUACUUGUGCAAACUGAAAGAAUAAAUUAGAUACUUAAAAAUUAAAUACACAGGGCUACAGAUUUCACGCUGUGGUUUGGAUGAUCUAGUAGACACCUUAUGAAGUCCUAUGAUGUAUAGCGCACAUUACAAUGGUUGCACAAUUGCUUGUUGUUUUUUUGCUACAAAUUGCUUAUUUAAUUUAGUUAUGCAUUUACACAUUCCAGCUUUUGAGAAAUUGUUCAUUAUAAGUUUUAUUCUCACAUUUUUACAUUAGAUUAUUUACAUUACUAUCGUGUACCAUGUGUCCUUUUUAACGUUGUUGUAUGUUUCAACUUAUACAGUACAUUAAUUAAACUCAUUUAACCAGUCACUCAUGUCACAGGUUUAACGGUUGUUUUUUGCAUACAGUCUGUAAAAUGAACUGAAAAUAUAAAAUUUAGUUUAUCAGAAGGUAAAUUAAUGUGUCCUGACUCACACUAUGUUCCUAAAUUCUGUCAUAAUUGACCAGCUCAAGUUUUCUCAUGCCUACUUGUGUGUUAUAUUGUGGCACAUUAAUGUUACCAUCACUAAAAAACAUAAAUAAAUAUUUUUAAAAAAAACAA